GCGCCACAGGCACAGACACUCGCCCCCAUUCGUUGCGCUAGAAGUGGGGCCGGCGGUUUUCGCCUGGGCCCUGCGUCGUCAUGCAGUUUUGGGCGAGGGCUUGCCGGAAGCCAGGCAUUGCGCCCACUAUUGCGUCGGCGCGCCCGCCGGGGCGGGUCGCGGGCUGGGCCAAUCCGCGGCUAAUUUUGUGCUCGCCCGGAAUUCCAUUCGGGCCCACGCAUGGCGCCAGGCCUCAACAGAAACGCCAGGCUGCUUGAGCUUGCCCCCAUCCAGUAAAGGGCCGAAAGAC